AUGAAGUGGAUUGUGCCUUUUCUGGUGGCCUUUGUGCCCCUGGUAGUGGCAGCGGAUGCAACGAAAGAGUUGUUGACCAAUCUGCCCGCUUGUGCAGCGCCUUGCUACGAAGAUGCCAUCACGAAGUCGGAGUGCAAAUCGAGCGAUGUAAAAUGCGUGUGUUCGACCGAAGUCAUCAUCCAGACAGCAGAGGCAUGCGCAGCCAAAGCAUGUCACGUCAGAGACAGUCUGACAACGCUCAACAUGACCUACACCUACUGCGAAGUCCCCGUGCGAAACAAAACCCCCCUCUUCAUCAACGUAACAAUCGUCCUCGGUGUAAUAUCCGGCGUCGCAACCGCUCUCCGUCUCUGGUCCAAAUUCUUCUUCACCAAAACAGAACUCGGUCUCGACGACCUAUUCAUCGUGCUCACGCUCAUCUUCGGCAUGCCCUCCACAGCGAUGAACAUCCACGGAACAGCCGGACACGGAGAAGGCCGCGAUAUCUGGACGCUCGAGUUUGAUGACAUAACCAAGUUUGGGUUUUACUUUUGGAUCCUGGAGAUUUUCUACUUUGCGCAGGUUUCGCUGCUCAAGACGUCAUUGCUGUUCUUUUACCUAAGGAUCUUUCCGGGUACGGCGCAGAAACUUCUUUGGGGGACUAUUAUUUUCAAUAGUGUUUUUGGUGUUUUGUUUAUGUUUUUGGCGGCGUUUCAGUGUACGCCUGUGAGCUAUUUCUGGUUGAAUUGGGAUGGAGAGCAUAAGGGAACAUGUAUCAGCAUGAACUCAACUGCCAUCGGCUGGGCCAAUGCAUCUAUCAGUGUUGCUAUAGAUGUAUGGAUGCUUGCAGUUCCAAUGUGGUAUCUGCGGAAGCUCAAACUACAUUGGAAAAAGAAGAUUGGUGUUGCCGCCAUGUUUAUCGUCGGAACUUUUGUCACCGUCGUGAGCAUCAUUCGUCUCCAAUUCCUCGUCGAUCUCGGCUCAUCUCACAACCCAACAUACGACCAAACCGACAUCUCAAUCUGGUCAACCGUUGAAAUCAACGUCGGCAUCAUCUGCGCAUCCAUGCCCGCUCUCCGAGUCAUUCUCGUCCGUCUCUUCCCCGCUCUUGGAGGCUCAUCCUACGAUUCGAGCAAAUACAACAACUACGGAGAACAUUACGGACGGAAAUCACAUAUCAUGAGUCGAAGUCGUGCUCGUGUGGAGUUACCUUCUCAUGCGGGUGAUUCUAUACAUACGCCUGAGCAUGGAGGCAUUGAAUUGCAGAGGACGUUUCAUGUGCAGUACAGUGAGAAUGAUGAGCAGAGUCUUGUUAAUGGGGAGAGUCUAAAUGAGACCAUGCUCACAUGCGGACCGUAUCGAAAGGGGACGUUUUCACUUUUGCUUCCAUCAAAGGCAAGCCUGAACGUAAGGCAAAGGACAAGAAACAUUCCAAAAGUCACAGACAACAUGGGAAACUCUCUUAUCAAGGGAGCGGGCAUCGCAAGCCAAGCAAUAUCACUAGGUUCACCAAUCGACCGUGACGGUGAUGCAUUUGAGCAGUUUGAAACUUACAGAGAAUCCGCAAAUGGUCACUUGAAGAAUUUCUUUGAGAAAUUCGGGCUUGGUAUCAGCCAUGAUGAUCUUCCUGGACUUUGUGCCCGGCCUCUUCAGCCCCGAGGCUCAGAAGCAGAUCAGAAUGCCCGAAUCUCUCAAGCCAACGCCAUAAAAGAUCUUGCCAAACUCGACGACAUUCUUGAGAAUAUCAAAAGACAGGAGCGGCCUUAUAUCAAGGCUGUAUCUCCAACCGUCGUUAGAUGGAUGGCAUUUUGCUUCAUCGGGCCAUAUGUCAACUCACAAGGUGAUUUAACAGCCUUUUUCAAGAUUAUUGCUGUUUCAGGAGCUCUCAGUAUCACUGCUCAGCUGGUUCGCAAGUUUCUGCAGCUGAGAAAGGUUACUCCUCUCCAGCACAAAGUUCGAGGACUGGUUCGAGCGUUCAAGAAUGGGACAAUACGGUAUAGGGAUUCGGAGGAAGUUAUGAUUUCGCCGUUGAAUUAG